AACAGCUGCUUGUGCAACAGCACCGACACCAGGGUGUAACUGUGCACUGUUAAUCCAGUCACUGACACCACACACAGCACAGACUCAACUACUGACCACACUGUAUUAAAUAACACACAAGAACCUGAGUGAUUUACUCAAGAACGAUGUUCCUCCAUACUGCACUGGUGUAUUCUGUACUGGGACUGCUGGGCUCUGUUUGCUCUUAUGGACCUUCAAACAUCCAAAACACAGAGAACCUUUACACAGAGGUCACAGAUACAGUGUGUUAUGACCAGUUAAAACAGAUGUUUGUUGCUGGAAAGCUGCAACUGUUUGAUGUUCGUGAGCUGCAUGAGUUUGAGGAAGGGGCCAUACCAGGGGCCAUCAAUAUUCCAUUGUCGAAGCUGCAGCAGGCGUUCACACUGACCCCAGAUCAGUUCACACAGCAGUUUGGAGUCCGGAUGCCCGAGACACAGGACGCAGAUGUAAUACUGUACUGCCAGAGGGGGCGCCGCAGUCUCUCUGCCCUGCACACCUUAUACAGUCUGGGGUACAAGAGAGUAAGGCAUUAUUUGGGAGGAUUCUCUGAAUGGCUCCGAUUUGAAACCCAGUGAAAUCUGUGAUCUGUUCCGGGAUCAGUAAACGUGUGUUCAUGCAGUGCAGCAGAAACUGAUCCCAGAAUUGUUUAUUCAUUACUGAAUGGAUCAGCUGGGACUCGGUGCUCAAGGUGCUGAAAUCUGUAUGUGGGGAAACAUUUCAGACAGAACAGCUCAGCUGUAAACAUCUGGAUUACUAUCAUGUGCAUUCAUUUAUUUCAUUAGUUUUGUAUUUUAAUGAUGUAUUUGUUUGUAAUGAGAAAUCAGGUCUGAUGCUGCUUGGUACAAAUAUUUUUCUCAUAAA